AUGGACUUGGACUUUAGAUUGGGUUGUGGAUUACUUAUGUUCAACUCACUAGUUUUGUUUACAGAUGAUGCAAAGAAAACGGAACACUUGCUUUCAUUGGAUGGAGCAAAGGAGAGGCUUCAUUUGUUCAAAGCGGAUUUAUUAGAAGAAGGAUCAUUUGACGCUGUAGUUGAUGGAUGUGUAGGUGUUUUUCAUACGGCAUCGCCUGCACAAAUUUCAGCCACUGACCCACAGGCAGAAAUAAUUGAGCCUGCAGUGAAAGGAACACUUAAUGUUCUAAAAUCAUGUGCGAAAUUCCCCGCUGUCAAGAGAGUGGUUUUAACAUCUUCUGUGGCUUCAGUAAGGAUGAGUGGAAAACCUCUGACCUCUGAUGUGGUUUUCGACGAAACAUGCUAUUCGGAUCCACUUUUUUGUGAGAAGACAAAGCAAUGGUAUCCUCUCUCAAAAAUUUUAGCUGAGGAGGCCGCCUGGAAAUUUGCCAAAGGAAAUGGGAUUGAAUUGGUAUCGAUACAUCCAGGGUUUGUGAUUGGUCCACCCUUACAGCCAACUCUUAAUGUCUCCAUCGAGUUUCUUCUGAAUAUAAUUAGUGGGAUUGAAAUACCGUUUGUAAACUACACAUUUGUGGACGUUAGAGAUGUUGCCUCUGCUCAUAUUCAAGCAUUUGAAGUUCCUUCAGCGAGCGGCAGAUAUUGUUUAGUUGCCCACGUUGCUGACCGUACCGAUACUCUAAAGAUUUUACGAGAGCUUUACCCCACAUUGAGCCUUCCUGAGCUUGGCAAUCCUUCUGACACAAAGUUUCAAGUGUCCAGGGAGAAAGCAAAAGGUUUGGGAAUCACUUUCCUUCCUCUGGAAACGAGUCUCAAGGACACUGUUGAAAGCCUCAAGGAGAAGGGCUUCCUCAAGUUUUGA